UUUCUUGAUUUUUGUGUGAAGAUUGAAGUGGAUUAUUCAGUGACAAAGUGAAGAUGCAGGCACGGGUGUUACUACCCUUGUUGGGUUUAUUUUCUCUUGGAUUUGCUGAAAUAUGCACAAGACAAAAUACAUCACCAGGAAAAGAAAUACUGUGUUAUACAUCAACAGAUAAUAUUGAAAAUUUAAAAAAUAAUAUUUGUAAAUGUACAACCCUUGUUCAUCAUGGUCAUGAUAUUAAAAAUUUAUCAAUUACUCAUAUUCAAAAAUUAAAAAAUUAUUUUAUUAAUUUUAAUCCAUUUAUACAAUUUGUAAUUGGUAUAAAUGAUGUUGAUGGUAGACUUAAAAUAUCAGCAAUAAAAAGACAAGAAGCAAUUGCAAAAAUAUCAACAAUUUUCAAUGAGGUUGAUGGUAUCGAGUUAAACAUGACAGCUGGAUCAAAAGAAAGAUUAGUACAUUUUGUAAAAGGGCUAAAAGAUGAAAUGAUAAGAAAAUCAAAUGAAAAAAGAAUAUUCAUUUUACUUCCAUCAGCAGCUGAACAACUUGCCAAACAAUAUGACAUCAAAGAAUUAUCAAAAUACACUGAUUUAUUUACAUUAUCAACUCAUUAUUUAAUGGAUAAAGAAGAUUUAAAUAGAACUUUUCAUCCAUCAAGAUUAAUGGGAUUAUUUGAUAUGUUAAAUACUGAUAGUUUGGUUGAUCUUGUUCAUGGUCUUGGUGCUGAUAAAAGUAAAAUAAUUAUAUCAUUACCAGCAAGUGUUUUUAAAUUUUCAUUAAAAUAUGAAAAUGAUAAUACACCAAGGGCUUUAACUGAUAAUGAUAAACCAGUUAUUAUUGAUAGAAAUAUUUUUUGUGAUAAUAUGAAAGAAGGAGAAUGGACCAUUGAAAGAGAUGAAGAUUUAACAGCACCUUAUGCAUUUAAAAAUAAAACAUGGAUUGCAUUUGAAGAUGAAAUAUCAACUGGAAUUAAGGGAAAAUAUGUGAUACUUCGUAAUCUUGCUGGAUUAGCUAUUCGUGAUAUUGAAAAUGAUGUUACAAAUAAUUGUGGUAAAACAAUAACUGAAGAAGUUUAUCAUUCUUUUAGCAAUAACAAGAGAAAAACACGUCAAGCUGUUUUGACAUCAUUGCACAAUGAUAUCUAUUAUCCAGAAGAAAAUUCUUAUCCCAAUACUGUUAAAUCAUCAAAUUAUCGAAUAAAUCGUGUGGUUGAUACUGAGGGAAAAAUUCAUGCUAUUAGAGAAAAUACUCAGACCGAAUUUUCUUGUGCGUCUCAAGGAUAUUUUGUUCAUCCAAAAAGUUGCAACAGAUUCUAUCGUUGUGUUAAAUUCAAUCAAGCAGUUGAUGAAUACAGUGUAUUUGAAUUUGAUUGUCCAGCUGGUUUAGCAUUUGAUGAGCGUACUGAUGUUUGUGUUUGGCCUGGUUCUUUAUCAGAAGGAUCACCAUGCCCUGGAAGUCCAGAAAUUGCUCCAUCAAGUGCUCGUCGUUUCCGUUGUCCUGGAGCUGGUUACUAUGCUGAUCCAGAAAAUUGUAGAUGGUUCUUUGCUUGCAUGGAUCUUGGUCAAGAUGAAAUGAUGUCAUAUGAAUUUAGAUGUCCAUAUGGACUUGUAUUUGACGAAGAAAAAUUAGCUUGUGAAUGGCCAUGGUUGGUGCCAAAAUGUGGUGGUACAAAUUAUGAAAAAAAUUAUGGUGGACAAGGUGUAUCUACACAAGGAGGAUAUAAUGGUGGUUACGAUGGAAAUUCACAAGGUAGUUGGCAAGGAAAUGAUCAGAGUGGUAAUAAUGGAAAUACUCAAAAUGGUUGGAAUACAGCUGGAGGAAGUGGUUAUGAUGGAAACUCACAAAGCAGUUGGGGAGGAAAUAAUCAGGAUGAAUGGAGUGCAGAAGGAGGAGGUGGUUAUGAUGGAAAUUCAGAGGGUAGCUGGCAAGGAAGUGACCAAAGUGGUAAUGAUGGAAAUUCUCAAAAUGGUUGGAGUGCAACUGGAGUAGGUGGUUAUGAUGGAAAUUCACAGGGUACUUGGGGAGGAAAUAAUCAAAAUGGUUAUGAUGGAAAUUCACAGGGUACUUGGGGAGGAAAUAAUCAAAAAUAUGGAAAUUAUCUUCCAGCUGUUCAUACAACUAGCCAUGGAUAUAAUACUGAAUACACCUCAACAACUCAAAUCUAUGUACCAAAUUAUACAUCUCCUCGAACCAAAGUACCAGAAUAUACAACACCUCGAACCAAUGUACCAAAAUAUACAACACCUCGAACCUAUGUACCAAAUUAUACAUCACCUCGAACCGAAGUACCAGAAUAUACAACACCUCGAACCGAUGUACCAAAAUAUACAACGCCUCGAACUGAUGUACCAGAGUAUACAACAACUCGAACCUAUGAACCAAAAUAUACAACACCUCGAACCUAUGUACCAAAUUAUACAUCACCUCAGACCGAAGUACCAAAAUAUACAACACCUCGAACUGAUGUACCAAAAUAUACAACGCCUCGAAAUGAUGUACCAAAAUACACAACACCUAGAACCUAUGUACCAAAUUAUACAUCACCUCGAACCGAAGUACCAAAAUAUACAACACCUCAAAAUAAUGUACCAGAGUAUACAACACCUCGAACCUAUGUACCAAAUUAUACAUCACCUCGAACUGAAGUACCAGAAUAUACAACACCUCGAAAUGAAGUACCAGAAUAUACAACACCUCGAAAUGAUGUACCAGAGUAUACAACACCUCGAACCUAUGAACCAAAAUAUACAACACCUGAUGACACGAAAACUCCCAGUUAUCAAACUGAGUAUGUUAAUAAACCCAUAACUGUGCCACAAACUUAUCAAACACCAGUACCAGCUGGAGAUAUUGGAACAAUUAUUUAUGCUGAUAAAUCUGCAACUGUGCCACAAUCUUAUCAAACACCAGUACCAGUUGAAGAUAUUGGAACAAUUAUUUACGCUGAUAAAGCUGCAACUUUAGGCUAUCAAAAUGAUAAUAGAGGAGUAACUAAUCAAGCUAGCACAAAUUACAAUAGAGCAAACACUGGCUCAACUCCUAUCUACGAUAAUACUAAUGAUUAUAAAACAAAUACAGCAUCUCAAGGAUCAAUAUCCACUCUUGGUUACACAUCAACAGAUGAAUAUGUAUUUACAGAAAGUGGAUCAACUUCAGGUGAAUUUAAAACAACAAACAAUGGUGUAACACAAUCACAAACAAUUGCAACAGUAAAUAAUCAAGAAGAAAAUAUUGUAAAACGUGUAAAACCUCCAGUUUAUGUACAAUCACAACCUGGUACAUCUGGUUCUGUUUUUACCAAUGGUGUUAGAACAAUUUAUGACAGUACAGCAGUACCACAAACAGCAAUUUAUGACAAUCCAGCAGUAACAUCAUCAAUUGGAUAUAAAAAUAAAAUAUCAUCAGUAACACCACUUGUUGUUGUAACUGGUCAAACUGGUAAUAAUUAUUAUCCAAAUAAUGCUGGUCAAACAACUCAAUUUUCAAUUGGUCAAACUGGUGUUACUCAAGUGUCCUCGGUAACUGAAAGUGGUAAUCAAUAUUAUACAAAUCAAGCUGGACAAGGUACAUAUUCUCAAGGUACAUCUCAAGGACAAACAUAUCAACCAAGUACAGCAAUAGCUCUUGAUGAAACUACUUAUUACAAAAAUCAAGCUGAAGGUUUAUCUGGCGGAUCAAUUGCAACAAAUAAUCAAGAUCGUUUUAGUACACCAGCAUCAGAAAUUAUUUCUGGCAAUUAUGUAUAUAAUAAUCAAGCUGAAAAUAAUGCACUAUCUGUAAAUAAUGUAAAUUAUUCAUCAAAAAUUACUAGUGGCAAUGAGUAUUAUAAAAAUCAAGCAGGUAAUACUCAUGAAAAUGGUACAAUUAAUUCAUCAAAUAAAAAUAAUGGAUAUAAAAUUAAUGAGUACUAUGAUAAUGGUGGUCGUGGAACAAUAAGAUAUAAUAAUGGUUUAGUAUCACAUAAAUAUACUGAAAAUGAUGCACAAAAAAAUCAUGGUUUUUCAGGUUUUAGUAAAGAAUAUCAAGGAAGUCAAAUUCAAGCAUUUACACCACCUGCUAAUUUAGAAAAUGCAUAUACAAAAGAAGGAUUUACUAAAACUGGUCCAACUAAAACUGGAAUAACAACUGCUCAAGUUAGUGGUAGUGGUACAUAUGUUGCUGGUGCAUUUGUUCGUCCAACACCACCAGAAACAAAUAUUGGUGAAAAUGCAUUUGCAACAAAUAAUAGAACGUUAUUAAAUUCUAAUAAUGCAUAUGAUGGAUCAACAAGAACAACAAUUAAUGAUAAAAAAAAUUCUGGUUAUCAAUAUGAAAAUCCAAUUUUAACAAUUAAAAAUCAAUAUGAUGAAUUAACAUCUGGAUAUAAAUACAAUAAACCAUCAAUUGAAUUUAAUACUGGACCAAUAUUAGUUGCUGAUAAAAAUAUAAAUCCAAAAUUGAAUAUACAAGUUUAUAAUUCACCAAUUAAUGUACCAGUUGCUCCGAAGACAACAUCACCGGCUGUUGUUAAUACUAGCUUUUACAAUAAACCAACAGUAACUAUUUCAGAUAACAGACCUUUCUCUGUGAUGAAAAAUAAUAAUAAUAAACCAACUGGUAUACCGACUGUACAACCACUUGGCUAUACUACAAAUGAACUUGCUGAAUAUCAAACAACAGUGUAUACUGCAGCAAGAGUUCCAACUGCUGUUUCUACAGUGAGACCAGUCAUUGACAAUGGAUAUAAAACUAUUGUAUCAUCAACAUCAAUUCCUGUUACAAUUCAAACUGUAUCAAAUAUUAAUUAUGAUUUAAAAAAAGGAUAUAAUUAUGAAAAACCUCAAGGAUAUAAUUAUGAAAAACCAAAUGAAUCAUUUCGUGAAGAGGUAACAUCAACACAUAAUUAUCAAACACAUAAUCAUGAAUCUACAACAAUAAAUGAAGAUGAUGCUGAAAUAUAUAUUGAUGAAAAACCUGAUGAAGGAUCAUAUGGUGAAAAAGAAAUUACUGCUAAACCAACUACAGUUACUUAUCGACCUUACAAUAAAUAUGAAACAACUACAUCAAAUAAAGUUUCAACUGGUGGAUAUAAUUAUGAUAAACCACCACAAGGAUAUCGAUAUGAUAAACCUAAAGGACCUUUUAACGAAGGACAAUCAACUAAUCCUCCUCGUCAAUAUACAACGACAAUGGCAAAUAAAGUUGUAACAAGUGGAUAUAAUUAUGAAAAACCUAAUAAAGGAUAUAAUUAUGAUAAACCAGCAAAAGAAUAUUUUGAUGAAAAGAAAGUAACAUCAAAACCAUUAAUUAUUUAUCCUUUAAAUAAAUAUGAAAGUACUGUAACCAGUCAAGAUGUUACUGAAGACUAUAAUUAUGACAAACCCAAUGGAUAUAAUUAUCAAAAACCACAAGGAUAUAAUUACGAAAAACCAAAAGAAUCAUAUCGAGAAGAAGAAAAAGAGUUUAUAACAAUAAAACCCAUUCAACCUACUUAUGAAACAACAACAACUGAUCAAGAUGAAACUGAAAUAUAUAUUGAUGAAAAACUUGAAGAAGGAUCUUAUGGUGAAAAAGAAAUAACUGUAACUGCUAGACCAACAACAGUUACUUAUCAACCUCAAUAUGAAAAAACUACAACAAAUAAAGUAUCAACUGAUGGAUAUAAUUAUGAUAAACCACAAGGAUAUAAUUAUGAUAAACCUAAAAAACCUUUUAACGAAGGAUUAUCAACUGCAAGACCACCACCAGUAGUUACUUAUCAUCCACAAAAAUAUGAUACAACUCAAGGAUAUACAUAUGAAAAACCUCAAGGUACUUUUGGUGAAAAAAUUCCAUCAAAAUCAAUGAGUUAUGAGAAUGCUGAAUUGUACGAAGAGCCAACAGUCACCAUCAAGCCAAAAGUUUAUCAAAGACCAUCGACAACAAUAACACCAGAUAAAUCAAAUGAAGAAGUUGCUAUUACAAUUAAAAUUCCAUUAUAUAAAAAUCCUUCAAUAACAACAACAAUACCAACAACUCGCGUGACAUACAAAGCACCAUUCCAGAUCGAUGAUUCGAAUGACAUUCCCACUCAACGCCCAGUCAUCUCUAAAGAUGAAUCUUCAGGAUAUAAUUAUCCGCGGCCAAGCAUUAAAUUUGUGACAACCCCAGCUCCAUCAAUCAUGUACUCAACCAUGCAAUCAUCUGAUUCAAGAGUAUCUCCAUUAAAUCCAUCAAUUUCACGAGACAGACUAGUGAAUAACAAUAAUAAUAAUAGAGGUAAUUCAAGAUUUACUUCAUCACAAGAAGAACAACAAAAUUAUUCCAAACAAACAGCUUUAAAUUAUUCACAAUUAAAAAAUGAACAAUCAGAUAAAAUUGCUAAUAAUCAACGAAUUAGUUUUACAACUCAACAACCAGCAAUAACAACAUAUUCUGGUAAUUUUCAAAAACAAGAAUCAAAAUUAAAUAAUAUAAAACAAAUUGACAAACCUAAAUCACGUGGUAAAGUUGUUGUUAAAUACAGUGAUCUACAUCCUGUUUUACUUGGUAAACUUGGUGGUGAAUGUAUAUGUAAAUCAGAUCCAUUUGCUGAUUUUAGAUCAAAUAAACCAUUAUUAAUUGAAUCAUCAAAAGGAAAAAUUGAUUUAAGAAAUUAUGAUGAAACAGAUGUUUAUGUUGAUCUUGAAUCAAGUGAAGAAACAACUGAAAAAAAUAUAAAACCAUUAGAUAAAAUUAAAUUAUCAAAUAGCGCAUUUAAUAUUGAAAUAAACAGACCAUCAAUAACAUCAACAACAACAUCAUCACCACUUCGUAUAUCAGCAAGUGAUAUUGAAGCAAGUGCAUCAUCAACAAAUGGUCAAAUUUCAUUACGUACUGGUAAAAGUCUUGGUCAAAAAAUGUCAAGAAAAACACAAAAAUCAUCAUCAUCAGAAGAUUAUGUUUAUUCAGAUGAUAUUGGUGUACUUGAAUUAACACCAGGUGGUCGUGCUGAAUGUGCUCGUCCUGGUUUAUUCCGUCAUCCAAAAUUCUGUAAUAAAUUUUACAUAUGUCAUUGGGAUCAAUGGAAGAAAAAAUUUACUUUACAUGUAUUUAAUUGUCCAAUUCAUUUGACAUUUGAUAGACAAGCUGGUGCAUGCAAUUGGCCAACAAAUGGUCCAACUUGUCAGGAUAACACUCUACUUGUUUAAAUUAUUUAAAUUAAUUAUUAUAUCAUUAAUGACAAAGUUAUAAAACUUGUUCAAUUUUAUUUUAUAUAAAAAAACAGGUCAAACUGGUUGUUUUAUACUUUGUCGUACUCACCAGAAAAAAAAAAAAUUCAUUUUACUAAAUUUUUUUCGUUUAUAAUACGUGGGUAUUGUGAACUGAAUUUAUUAUAUUAUUUUUUUUUUCAUUCAAGUAGCGCGAAAGCGCGUCAUACUGUCAUGUACAAGUGAAAGUAGUCAAUCGAAAUCAUCGAUCCAUAUCCAUUGGCUCGUUCUUGUUCAUUGCAAACGCCUCUCUCGCCAUAAGUUUAACUACUGAAAAAAAAAAAAUAAAUAAUAAAGUUUUUCAUAAUUAUAGAAAUUUUGUAAAUAUAAAACGUCUUUAUUUUGUCGACAAAUAUAUUUAUCCUAUCAUUUUAAAAAUUGAUAAUUUAUACUCUCAUUAUUUAUAUCAAUUUUAAAAUUCAAUUUAUAAUUUUUUUUCAAUUUCGUUUUUUUUGUGGUUUAUUAAUUAGACUAUGACUUCAGUUAAACAAAUAAAAUAAAUAUAAUUAUACAGUGUUGAUGUACAAAGUGUCAAUUACAAUCUAGUACAUGACCAAUACCAUCUUGGGUAAUACAACACAUAUACUUUCAUUUAUAUACAUAGGCAAAGUAAUCGAGCCAAAGGCGAGGUCUCUACACACCAUCGAAAAAAAAAAUAAGAAAAAAAUAAAACUUGUGGCUUCAAAUCAUUAAGCAAAACUCGUCCGGUAACAACGUCAAAGUCUAUUAAAUUUUUAAAAAAAUAAACUUAAUGUUAAUUUUCAUCUUGUUUUUUAUUUUGCAAUAAACAAUAAAAAAAUAAAAUGCAAUUUAAGCAAUAAUAAUUUGCUUCAAGAUAAACAAAUAUUAUUUAAAAUACAAUGUCAUUCAACCAAGUGUAUAAUUAUCGACAAUCAGAAAAAAAAAUAAAUAUUUAUAAUGAUAAUUUUUUUUUUUAAAAUACCAACACAAUAUAAAACCACAAUGUUUUUUUUUUUUUUUUAAUAGGUCAUCGAAUGCUCGAGGGAAGAUCAGAGUUCAACAACAGUGCGUUAGCAUAUAAAGAAAGUAUUUUAUAAUUUUUAGGUCAUUUCACAAUGAAUUAAAUGUUUAUAUAAAAAAAAAAAUAACUAUCAUUAAUCAUAGACUUGACUUGCCAAAAUUUAUUAACAAUAAUAAUGAAAAAUUAAAUAAAUAUAUUGUAGAAAUAAGAUUGUUGAGAUGACACUAAUUUGUCGUUGUCGUUACUAGUUAAAACAACCAAAAUGAUUAAUAUCUAACACAUCUAAUAUAAGACCUAUAUUGAAUGACUAAUAUGUUCACUUUGCACAUGCAUCCAAAGUGUAAAUUAUCAACAUGCUUAAUAAUUCAAAUGUAUCUUUGAUUUAAGUGGGAUUAAAUUUUGAUACUUGGCACACAUUCA